CAGGUUCAUCAUGACAUGAUGGAUGUGACAGUUCUGAUGUCAAUCCAGUACCUGAUAGAGGAUUGUGACGACACACCCAGUGUGAAGUCAACACUUCUGCAACACAUCUACCACUACAUUCUGUUUGACUUCUCACUGUGGAGCAAGACACACUUUGCAGUGAGAAUAGUAACAAAAAGCAAGGUACGUUUUCCUGUUAGAAUAUGUAACAAAAAGCAAGACACAUUUUCCAGUUAAAAUAUGUAACAAAAGCAAGACACAUUCUCCAGUUAGAAUAUUUUUUUUAAAAAUCUAGACACAUUUUCCAGUUAGAAUAUGUAGCAAAAAAUCAAGACACAUUUUCCAGUUAGAAUAUGUAGCAAAAAGCAAAACAUUUUCCAGUUAGAAUAUGUAAAAAAAAUUUAGAUAUUAAAACUAAAGGGCUGAAUGAGAUUAAAUGUAUGUGCAUUUGAUCAACUGUUUAAUUUAAAAAAAAAUAUAAAUAUUGUUUCCUAGGACACAUCCAGUAUCUAUCCACCAUCAUCAAAGAAGAUCGCAAAUAUUUCCAAAAGAAGUAUGGUGUGCAGUUUUUCCUGGAUAUCAUCAGAGCAUACUACGGGUAA